AUGGGGCCUGGUGCCUUCCAGGAAGGCCCGGGCAGUGGGAAGGAGGCAGAGGGUCAGGCUCGGAGCCGGGGCCAGCUUUCGUGCGCCAUGUCGCUGCAGAGUGUAGAGGGGCAGGAUGAAAGUCCUGACCUGGGCAAGUGUGACGUGGAGAACCUUCUGGAAAAGUUGGACCAGGAUGAGUUAAAGCACUUCAAAUCUCUGCUGAGGCGGUGCAUCGAGUCGGCAGUGGACCUGCAGGAGUUCCCCUGGUGUGACAUGGAAGAGGCCAGCAGUAGGAAACUAGCCGAAAUUCUGAAGGAAAGAUUGCCGGGUGUGAGACUGAAGAGGAUGAUCCUGAGCAUCCUGGAGAAGAUGAAGCGGACAGAACUGUCUCAGAUCCUAGAGGAUGUUCAGACAUCAGUAACGGAAGAACAGAUGCAGGGGGUAGAACCGAAAGGCUGUGAGGUAGAAGAUCCAGACAAAACGGAAGAGCGGAGAGAUGUGAGAGACACCGUGGCUAUGGCCUGGAAGAGUAAAUUCAGUGUAGAGAGCACCGACCUGCUCGGCACCGACCUGCUCAGCGUCAUAGACAGAAACCGGAAGUUGAUACCAUUUCUGCCUCCCCGGUCUGUCAUCCAGCCAAAGGUGGUGGUGCUGUAUGGCCCCCCGGGCAGUGGGAAAACCACACUGGCGAAGAAGUUGGUUCUGGAGUGGGCGGAGGGCAGUCUGGACUACCCCUUCUCGUGGGUCUUCUACCUCAGCUGCAGGGAGCUGAGCCACAUGGUGCCCUGCUCGUUCUUGCAACUGCUCUCCCUGGACUUCCCUGAGUUGGACAGUGACAUCAUGCGGUUUCUGGAGGAACCCCAGGAUGCCCUGUUCGUCGUGGAUGGCUUUGACGAGAUGACGCUCCCCAAGUGGGACCUCGCAGAUAAUCUUUGCACGGACUGGCUGGAAGAGAACCCCGUGCCAGUCUUGCUGGUCAGCUUGCUGAAGGGGAAACUGGUCCCCAAGGCCACCCUGCUGGUCACCACACGGCCCCGGGCCCUGCGGGACCUCAUCCCCCUAGCCGGCCAGCCACGCUUCCUCUGUAUCCAGGGCUUCUCAGAGGAGGAUAAGCAGGAGUACUUCCGCCAGCAUUUCAAAGACCAGGCCCAGGCCCAGAGAGCCCUGGAGGCCCUGAAGAGCAAUGAAACUCUGUGGGCCAUAAGCACGGCACCUGCCAUGUGCAGGCUGCUGUGUGCCUGUCUGCAGCCACAAAUGGAGAGGGGUGUUGACCCCGCCUGGGCCUGCCAGACCUCCACCGGCCUGUUUCUCCAGUUGUUCUGUGACCAGUUUCGCCCUGGCUCCAGUGACCUGGCCCACGGGCUGGAGUUCCUGUGCUGCCUGGCUGCCCAGGGGCUGUGGACGCAGGUAUCUGUGUUCUACCUGGAAGAUUUGGAGAAACUUGGGGUGCACAAGUCCAUGCUCCACCCUUUCCGGGCCAAUCACAUCAUUCAGAAGGACUGGAUCUAUGGGUCAUGCACUUACUACUUCAUUCACCCCACCGUCCAACAGUUCUUGGCUGCCCUGUUCUACAUCCUGAAGCCCAAGGACAGCAGAGGCGAAGGCUGCCAUCUCGGGGACGAUAACAUCAAAGACAUGAGCAUGCUGUUCUCCCAAGAGGCACAGAUGAAGAACCCCGACCUGGCCCAGACAGCCCUCUUCCUGUUUGGCCUCUUGAACAAGAAGAGGGCCCAGGAGCUGGAGGCGGUCUUCGGCUGCCAAACGUUCGUUGCAGAGAUCAGACAGGAGCUGCUGGAGUGUCCGCUUGAGAAGACCAAGCCCUUCCUCUUGCAAAUGGAGCGGAGCCAGGUCUUCUCCUGGCUAUAUGAAUCUCAGGACAAGGAGCUGGUGGAAGAGGCUCUGGCUCCCUUUGAGGAAAUGUCUCUGAUCUUAAAGAGCCAUCAGGAUCUUAUGCACGCCUCCUUCUGCCUCAAGCACUGCCGAGGCCUGCAUAGGCUCACGGUACAGGUGGUCAAGGGGCUGUUCAAGGAAGACAGCGCUCAGCUGAGCUGCUACCUUCAAGAUGGGAGGUUUCAACUUGGCAGCACACUUGCCCUGUGGCUUGAUUUUUGCUCUUCCAUUUGCUCCAACCUGAACCUGAGAGCUUUGACCAUCAACCAGAGCUUUCUGAGCUCCGCCUCCUCGAGGCUGCUCAGCCAAUACCUGGGCUAUAAGACCUGCCUCGUGAAAAAAGUAGUCAUUCAGUACAUCACCCCUGAGAUCGCCUACCAGGACUUGUGCCUGGCCCUCAUUGGCAAGGAGAGCCUCACCCACCUGGCCCUGGAGGGCCGUGUCCGGGAAGACAAGGUGCGCCUGCUGCUGAUGGUGGGCGAGAUGCUGAAGAAUGAGAAGUGCCGCCUGCAGUCCUUGAGGCUGGGGACAUGCUGUGACGUCAGCCCCCAGCAGUGGGCCAACUUCUUCCUGGCCGUCCAAGCCUGCCAGUCCCUGACUGACCUGGACAUUGCGGACAAUGAGAUUCUGGACUCGGGCUCCAAGCUGCUCUGCCAGACCCUGUUGCGGCCAGGGUGUGCCAUGCAAAAACUGUCCCUGGAGAACUGUCAGCUCACCCAUAUCUGCUGCAAGGACUUUGCCUCCAUCUUCAUCAUCAGCCAGCACCUGACACAUCUAAGCUUGGCCGGCAAUGACCUCGGGGAUUUCGGGGUGAAAAUCCUGUGUGAGGGCUUGUUUCAUGCUGGUUGUCAACUGCAGACCUUGGUGUUGCGUCGUUGCAAAAUCGGGGUAGAAGGCUGCCAAAGCCUCUCCGCGCUUCUCCAGGAAGGCUGCAGCCUCACCAGCCUGGACCUGAGUCUGAAUUCCAUCAACGCUGGGCUGCUCGUGCUCUGUAAUGCCUUAAGGAAUGGAAAAUCCAUGCUAAGAACCCUCGGGCUCUGGGGCUGCUUCAUCAGUCCUCUGUAUUGCCAGGAGCUUGCUUCCACCCUCACCAUCAACCAGGAGCUGCACCUGCUGGACUUGGGCCAGAAUAACUUGGGGCAGGCUGGAGUCAAGGUGAUCUUGGAAGCUUUAAAAACUAGCAACACUGGUCUGAAGACUCUCAGGUUGAAGGUGGAUCCGUCAAAUGAGAAGAUCAAGAACCUCCUGCAGGAAGUGAAGGCCAGCCACCCCGGCUUGGUGAUCGAAGAGGUGACCAACUCCAUGGCGCUGUCCUACUGGGACUUCUUUUCUCUGAGUCCCUGAUGCUCUUCUCCCGGUGGAGUCUGGGAAGGCCCAAGGGUGCCACUGCUGAAGGACACAGCAUCCCCAGCACCCAGCACUGUUGUCUUCCUCACAAGCCAUGUUCUUCACUUUUGACCAGAGUUCUCUCGCAUGGAUAAUAAACAAA